AUGUUCAUGCCAUUGGUAGCACCGAUCCAGGGUGUCAGCCCGGACUUUUGCUGGGCGCUUGAGUGGCGCCGGGCUGCCCAACUGGCAGGCAUCGACCUGACAAGGCGACCGCUCGGGGCGCUGUUGCCAGCUCCCGGGCCAGACGGGACCAUUCUGAAGCGACACAUAGAUACUGCGGAGGCGUCAGAUUGGCUGCGUGGCAUCUUGCUGAGGACUUACCAGCACGCCACUGUUACGCAAGCAGGUGGAAAAAUGUGGGAGUGGUCUGCGAGGUUAUCAAAACGUCUCUGCCUGCCAGCAACUCUCGGCAGUGGAUUGCUGUUUCCUAUGACGUUGGCAGCAGGUGAUUUCAUUGCAGUCGGCACUUCGGCCAUGAGAGUUGUUCUUGGAGGUUUGCAGCUGAAUUUGUUGACGCUUUUCGAGAAGCAGGGUACCAACCAUGCAGACAUCUUCAUUCAGGCAGAAGGUCGUGAGAUUCCCGCACACAAGGCGGUCUUGGCUGCACACUCUCCCUUCUUGUCGGCACUGUUCGCGGAGAAUCCUGGCCAUGAGCGGGUGGAGUUGGAACACAAGUUCACUGUGGUUUACACCCUCGUCCGGUUGUUGUACUUUGGAGGUCUGGCAGCUGAUCGUCUGACGCCUUUGGAAGGCUUGGACCUCCUGAGUCUUGCUGAGGAGCUUCAGGUCAAAGCAGUUGAGGCAGAGGAUGUCCGGCCCAUCAUCGUGAAUGGCCUGGAUGAGUCGAACUGUGUGGAUGUGCUGAACCACGAAGCGCUUCACAAAUUCCCGGAGUUUGAGGAUGCUGCCUGCAAGUUUACGGGCGAGCACCUACAGACAAUGUUGAAGAGCCGGAAGGAGAGCCUUCUCAAGGUUCCCAGGCAUCUACUGACCGUCGUUCUUCAAUAUGCCUGUCAUCACGUCUCGAAUGAUGCCGAGACGGAUCUUAUUGUCAAGUAUUGCCUCCACCACACGCAGAUUGACUCGGCGUGCGACCUGCUGAGGGAAACCAAGACCUGGCAGUGGGGCGGUGGGGACUUCUCGGUGCUGCGGUCCCUCCCAGCCGAGGAUGGCGAACCUAUGGAGGAGCCCAGCCAGGUCUGGCGCAUCGAUGGAGUGCGAGCGGCCAUGGAAGGAACACCAGCGAAGGUCGUUGCCGGCGGGUUCUUCGACUGGUGCAUCCGCUUGGACUACGGAGCAGAGGGAAAGCUGCGCCUCGUUUACGAGAGUGCAAAGCCGACGGAGGGCAGCCGCGCCAUCAACCGCUUCCCCGCCGCGAUGUUCGCGUGGCAGGUUAUGUACAAGGGCCAGAACGUUUUCCACGAGAAGCCGGUGUUCAUCUGCUUCCCUGAAAACGUGCCUUUGCACUGGUCCACGACCCUGCCAAUCACCGCUGCUGAGCUCAGCGAUGAUGACAGCCUCGAGAUAACCGUCAUGAUGGCAGAGAACCCCAUGAUCUCCUUAGUACUGUACUAUUUCAGUGCUGACUUGAAGACAACAGUCUUUGCCGAGGACAUUUUGAACCGCCUGCCGCAUAUCGAGUAUCGCUGCCUUUCUUCGUACUCGCUGGUGAAAACACAUGGACCAGAAUGA